CUGGAAUUUACAUAAUACACGUGCGAGGGUGAAGAUAUGUGUAUUGAUGUGUACCGUGGUGCCUAACCAUAACCUUUCGAGAACGAAUUACGCAGGAAUUAUGGCUGUUGUGUUGUGAAUCUUUCUAGAGAAGACAAAAAUGGCAAGUGAAGAAGUGGAAGACAAGAAGAAACCUCACAGAGAACGGCAUGCUGGACGUAAAGCAGAAAAGAAGGCGAAGAAGAAGGAUAAAGGAACUGGAGAAAAACAACGAAAUCCCAAAGCAUUUGGUUUUAAUUCUGCUGCUAAAGCUGAAAAACGUUUCAGAAGAACACAGGAUAUUGAAACCAAGAGGCAGCACAUACCACUAGUUGACAGAACACCUGUUGAACCUCCUCCUGUUAUAGUUGCUGUUGUGGGUCCUCCAAAAGUGGGAAAAUCCACUUUAAUACAGUGUCUUAUAAAAAAUUUCACUAGGCAACCUCUCACUAGUUUAAAAGGACCCGUUACCAUUGUAUCAGGUAAAAAACGUCGAUUAACAAUAAUGGAGUGCAAUAAUGAUAUUAAUUGCAUGAUUGAUAUUGCAAAGGUAGCAGAUCUAGUACUACUUCUUGUGGAUGCCUCCUUUGGAUUUGAAAUGGAAAUUUUUGAAUUUCUUAAUAUAUGUCAGGUUCAUGGAAUGCCUCGCAUUAUGGGUGUUUUAACCCAUCUUGAUAUGCUCAGAAGAAGUAAUCAAUUGAAGCGUGUGAAGAAAACUCUAAAGCAUAGACUAUGGACAGAAGUUUAUGCAGGAGCCAAGUUAUUUUAUUUAUCAGGAUUACUUCAUGGAGAAUAUCUUCGUAACGAAGUGAAAAACUUGGGACGCUUCAUAUCAGUGAUGAAAUUUAGGCCUUUGGUAUGGCGAACAUCACAUCCUUACUUAUUAGUUGACAGACUUGAAGAUAUAACCUCUCCAGAAACAGUGAGGCAAAAUCCAGUUGUAGAUAGGGAAAUAUGUUUGUAUGGAUACGUUCGAGGAAUUCCCUUGAAUAAGAAUUACAGCAUACAUAUUCCAGGCGGUGGAGAUUUUAAAUUAAAUGAUGUAACAUAUUUGCCUGAUCCUUGUCCUUUGCCUGACAAGGAAAAACGACGAAGUUUGAUUGAAAAAGAGAGAUUAAUCUAUGCACCGUUUUCUGGUGUUGGUGGUAUUGUUUACGAUAAGGAUGCUGUGUAUGUAGAACUUGGUGGCAGUCAUUCUCAUUCUCAUGAAAGGAAAACUUCUGAACUUGUCAAUUCCCUCAUGGAAGUCCAAGAACCACUUGACAAAAAGAUGGCUCAUAGUGAGUUGCAGUUGUUUUCUGGUGCAGAGCCAAUAACCAGUGCUGAUGUUCUUGGAAAAUCAAAUCGGUACCAUGAAGAAUCUGUGUAUAACUCUGGACGAAACAGACGAAAAGUUGUUUUUGAAAACAGUAUUGAUGGAGCUUCUAGUGAAGGGGAUGAUGAUGUCACUGAUGAAGAAGGAAUGGAAGUUGACAGUGAGGAAGACUAUGAAAAUGAUAUAAUUUUUGAUGAAAAUGAAAGUGGAGAAGGCGAUGAUGAUGAUGAUGAAGAUGAAAACAAUGACAACAAUGAUGAAGAGGAGGAUAGCAAUAACAAUGACACUGAAAGAGAGAAAAUUGUUGAGGUUAAAAGGGAGACAACUGAAUCUGGUAUUAACGGUAAACAAAAACUAACAAAGCGUAUAAAAUCAAAAAUUAGUAGUUCUACCAAAAGAGAAGGAAAAACAAAGAAAAAGUAUAUCUGGGAAGAUGAUGAAUAUUGUGAAAACAAUACAAACCCUGCUCCAACCAAUCAGGAAGAUUCAGAUUUUAAAUCACCUCCGAUAAAGAAACAAAUUUGUGAAUCUUCUAUUGAAAAUAAUAUUUCAAAGAAGCAUCAGAAAAAGAACCAAAUCAGUGCUGCUAAUGCAAAACUGAUUUUGGCCAUGGGUGAUGUGAUGAAUGAAGAUAUAUCUGAUGAUGAUGAGAUUCAUUCCGAGGGUUUGUGUCAAGAAAAAUCUCAAGGAUUGAUUCCAUCAGAAAAUGCUAGAAUUCAUCGGAAACAAAAUGUUGACGUCACAAACAAAAUAUCAGAAUGUCUUGCACUUCUAGAAAAGAAAGCUGAUAAGAAGACUGAAAAGAAACUAUCUGCAGAUUUUAGUGAAGGUGAAAGUGAAAGUGGCAGUAGCAGUGAUGAAAUGUAUAAUGAUUUUAUGAAUAAUGAUAAUAAAGAUUAUGAAAGUGAUAAAAAUUCCUCAAAUUCUGAAGAUGAAGGAGAAGUAGUUGAAAGUUCAGCAAUCCAGUGGAAAUCAAAUUUGACUGAACGUGCUGCUAAUGCUUUUUUGGACCGUCAAGCUAACAGAUUUAGUUUAUGGAAGUUAGUAUAUGGGGAAGAUAAGCGGUCUAAUUUACCUGAUAAAGAUGAAGGUAAAGAAGAAGAGGAUGAUUUGGGUGGUCUUUUUCGAAAAGUAACAAAAGAACAGAAACAGUUACAGGAAGAGCGGGAUUUGCAAGAUGGAAAAGAUUGUUCAAAGACCCGGACAACAUGUGGAAAAGACUGGAAUAAUCCUCAAUCCUUGUUGUCAAUCACAGAUUGCUUUGUAACUGGGAAAUGGAAAGAAUCAGAAGAUGCUGAAGAAUUAUUGCGACUAGAUGACGCUAGUGUUAGUGGUGAUAGUGAUGUAUUCGGAGAUUUUGAGGACCUGGAAACAGGAGAGAAACAUGUUGCGGAGAAAACUAACAGUGCAAAAUUAGAUUCAAAGAAGGAAGAUUCUGCAGACCUGUCUUCAUUGUCCAAAGCUGAACUUGUUGAAAAGAAGAAGAAACUGAAAGCUAAAUUUGAUGCUGAAUACGAUGAAGGUGAAGGUGGUUUUACCUAUUAUGAUGAAUUGAAACAAGAAGUCAGCAGACAGGCUGAAAUAAACAAGAGCGAAUUUGAAGGUAUGGACGAAGACUUAAGAGUGCAAUUAGAAGGUUUUCGGCCAGGAAUGUAUGUUCGAGUAGAAUUGUCAAAUGUUCCUUGUGAGUUAGUAACUAAUUUUGACCCAACCUUCCCAUUGAUUAUUGGUGGUUUGCUAACUGGAGAGGAAAAUGUGGGAUAUGUACAAGUGAGGAUAAAGAAACAUAGGUGGCACAGCAGAAUAUUGAAAAACUGUGAUCCUCUAAUUGUUUCAUUGGGAUGGAGAAGAUUUCAAACAAUUCCAGUGUUUGCAAAAUUGGAAGAUAAUCUAAGGCACAGAAUGCUUAAAUACACUCCAGAGCAUAUUGCAUGUAUGGCCCAUUUCUGGGGACCAAUUACACCUCAAGGGUCAGGGUUCUUGGCUCUUCAGGAUGUUGCUAACAAAGAGCCUGGUUUUCGUAUUGCUGCAACUGGAUCUGUUGUAGAACUUGAUAAAUCUGUUCAAGUCAUGAAGAAAUUGAAGCUUACAGGAGUACCAAUGAAAAUAUAUAGGAAAACCGCUUUUAUUCGAGGAAUGUUCAAUUCAUCUCUAGAAGUAGCUAAAUUUGAAGGAGCAAAAUUGCGAACAGUAUCAGGCAUUCGUGGGCAAAUUAAAAGAGCAUUUGGAAAACCAGAAGGUUCUUUCAGAGCAACUUUUGAGGAUAAAAUACUUCUUAGUGAUAUUGUUUUUUGUCGUACGUGGUAUCGAGUGGAAAUACCCAGAUUGUAUAAUCCUGUGAUGUCCCUACUACUACCUCCUGACCAGAAGAAUGCUUGGCAAGGAAUGAAGACUGUAGGACAAUUAAAGAGGGAGAAGGGUAUUCGUUGUGAGCCUGCACUAGACAGCCUAUACACACCUAUUGAACGUGAACCUAAAGUAUUUCCACCUCUGGUUAUACCUCGUAAAUUACAAAAGAUGCUACCUUAUAAGAGUAAACCAAAGGUACCUGUUAGUGUAUCUGCCAAAAGGCAAGUAGAGAAGAAGAGGAUUGCUGUAGUGAGAGAUCCUAAAGAACAGAAGGUUGCUCAUCUCAUAAAAGCAUUGAAAGUUGCUUAUAAUGCAAAGCAGCGACAGGAUAAGUCUGCAGUGACUGAAAAGAAGGCAGAAAGGAAAAAAUUAUUGGAAAAAGAAGAAAUGAGAAUGCUAAAACGUCGAAAGGAACUUCGGAAACAAGUCUUCCGAACUUUGGACAAGUUGGAACAGAAGAAGACUGCCGAAGCAAAUACAAAAUCAAAGAAAAAAACAAAAUCAAGAAAAUAAUUUAUUGUUUUAACAUUUUUGUACAUACAAAUAACAUUAAAAGAAAUUAUUUUGUAAAUAUAUGGAAGGUUUUCUUUAGUCACUUCCUAUCGCUAUUCACGGUUUUCUUAGACUUCUUUUGUAACUUUAAUAUUUUUGUUAUCUCUGGUAUUUACUUUUGUUAUUUAUCUGUAAUAAAUGUAUUGGCAUAACAGCAGUGGUGAUGUGUGGUCUUAAGCGUAGGGGGGUUCACUAUCACAAGAAGGGGAAUCAUGAAAUCACAUUUCCCCAAUCGUCACAGAAAAUGUAAUUAGCAACAAAAAAAUGUAAUUUUCAAAGUGAUAGUGAGGCAGUGAUAAGGAAGCACACAAGUUGAAUAUGUGCACACACCACACCACACACGCACACACUCACACAUGCAACCACACACAAACAAAGAUAAUCAUAUAUUUGUGACUGUGCAUUAACAUAGUUGAGAAAGAUCAAACAAGUGUGUACAGACAUCGACACCAUCCUCAUACAUUAGGCACAACACUACCAACACAAGAAGUCACAGUCAUGAUUUGCUCAUGGAACAUACACUAUGAGUUCACCACACUAUGAGAACUCCAACUAGUUAUUAUUUUAAAAAUUAUAACAUGUAUACUAAAGUUAAAGUACUUUAUUUUAUGAGCUAAUUUAUAUGCUCCCUACAUAGACCUACCUUUGAGUAAUUGCCUUCACGCAUAUGCAUAUAUCAACACCUAUGCUCCUACAUUGAAAGUCUUUUCUGCUUUCUCUUUUAGCUACAAAUCUUCCAAUAAUUUCACAAAUUCCAAAGUGUGUAUGAACACAUGAUGCACUGCAAUUCACAUCUUUAAUAUUAAAAUGGUAUGAACAGCUUAUUGUUUUUAAGAACUCAACAUGGUUACAAAAUCAAUCAUUAAACAAAUUCACUCAUACUUUAUACAUGUUUUACUGCAACACUUUAUUGCUCACAAGAUAAAAUAACAAAACAACUUCGCUACCACACUUAGGUGGCAGCAAGAUGUUUUUAAAGCUUAUUACUGGUGAUGAGUUUUGGUGCUAUGGUACACUCAUGAAACAUAACAGUCAAACCAGGAAAAAAAAACAUUGUCGCCUAGCCCCAAAAUACGCAAAUGAAAUCAGACAUUAAGACAUGUGACUAAAAAGGCUCCAUUUGUGGCACAUAGUUUUACUUUCUUGUAUGCGUACGUAUAUACGGAGUAAUAUAUGUAGUAUAGAGAAGGUUAUGUAAUGCUGCGCAAAAGACUGAGG